CUCUCCCGCUCGCUCUUUUCGUCGUCCACUCUCUUCGCGUGUGUCACCAUCGCCGAGCAGGGGGGUGGGAGGGGGUUGCUCUUGCUGUGUUGCGCCCGUCAGAAAAAUAAUCCUGCGGGAGCCCCGCUGCAAACAAAACUCGGACACAAUGGUGGCUGCGAAGAAGACCAAGAAGGCCCAGGAGUCCAUCAACAAUCGGCUCGCCCUGGUCAUGAAGUCUGGGAAGUACACGCUGGGCUACACCACCACGCUCAAGUCGUUGCGCGGUGGCAAGGGUAAGCUAGUGAUCAUCGCCAACAACUGCCCUCCUCUUCGCAAGUCGGAGAUAGAGUACUACGCCAUGCUCUCUAAGACCGGAGUGCAUCACUACAGCGGCAACAAUGUGGACCUGGGUACCGCCUGCGGGAAGUACUUCCGUGUCUGCACUUUGAGCAUUACCGACCCUGGCGAUUCUGAUAUUAUCCGCUCUAUGCCCACCGCCGAAUAGAGAGGGAGAGAGAGAGAGAGAGAGAGAGAGAGAGAGAGAGUGUGUGUGUGGGAGCUGGAGUGGGGAUGCGGCGGAUGGAGGUUAGCUGGUGAUUAUUGGAACUGCAGGUUUUAUUGGUGUAAGCGAAGAGCUUAUGCACGUGUGGUGCGAUGGGAAAUUUGCUGUUGGACCCUGAUGCCGUCGCUCGGAUAGGCCGUUAGAAGGAGGAAAUGUUGUGGGUGAUGGAUCAGCUGAAAGUGUUAGGGUUUGGGUCACUGUCGUUUUUGUACCUUGCCCCAUUGAAUGUGGUGAUUCCUCAUAUUGUCUAUUGCUCUUA